GAGAGCUCUUUAAAUCCACCUGUUAGCCAGCAUAUUCUUACGCCUUCGGUUUGGGAAGGUGAACUGAUCGCCAGGACCGCGUGUCAGUGAUUUAACUCAAACUUCUGUAUUUCUAAAGUCCUCACUGCGCACAUUCUUCAUCUUUAAUGGACUAUAAAUGCCGACGACACCAUACGGGACAAUGUUAAUGCAUCGUUGGCCACAAAUGCCUUGAUCUCCAUAUGGACUUCGCCACAGCGCUGCAACUCGCGCAAUAUCGCCACGCCACCGGACUUUUAUUUUUGUAAUUAUUAUUCAUUGGUGAAUAUGGCGAAGCGAUCGCAGUGAACUGGAGCCAAGGUUUGCAACACAUUGUUGCAAAUAUUAAGCAGAAGAUCAUGAUGCUCUCCCUCUCGCGUGCCCCGUAACUGCUUCCAUUCAUUCAGUCCAGUUUGGCGCUAAGCAUCGUCUUCUCUCCUGGAGAUUUUCCUUCCAGUUUCCUCUCAAUUAUGUUCACUUUCGCUGCCUUUUGCUACAUGCUUUCCCUUGUCCUCUGUGCUUCUCUCAUCUUCUUCGCGAUCUGGCAUAUAACGGCCUUUGAUGAGCUUCAGGCAGACUUCAAGGUGCCGAUCGAUCAGGGCAAUCCACUUCACGCGCGUGAAAGACUGAGGAAUAUUGAGAGGAUCUGCUGCCUGCUGCGAAAGCAAAACUGGCACAGCGCUGUUGCCAAAAAUUGUCCUGUUCUUCCUCAGCUGAAGCUGGUGCUUCCAGAAUACUCCAUCCAUGUCCUCUUCUGUAUCAUGUUCCUGUGUGCUCAGGAGUGGCUGACCGUAGGCCUCAAUAUCCCUCUGCUCUUCUACAACACAUGGAGCAGGUACUUCCAUAGCCCAACAGACACUAAAGAGCUUCUCUACGAUCCAGCGUCUGUCAUGAACGGAGACACGCUAAAAUUCUGCCAAAAAGAAGCCUGGUGCAAGAUGUCCUUCUUCGUCCUCUCGUUCUUCUACUAUCUCUACUGUAUGAUCUACACCUUGGUGACCUCAUAACAGAGCUCUCAACACUGAAGAAGACACGCGUCAGACACUGUUUUCGGAAAGCUCCUGCAUUUGGACAUUUUGACGAAACAAGAGCAGCACCAGACACAAGUUCAACACGCUGCAGUGCAAGACUUGACCCCACAUUCCCAGAGUAUCAGAAGAAGUAUCAGUGUUGUUUACAGAUCUGACUCAACUCCCUAAAUGUCUCAUAGACCCGGUGUGAUGCGCUUUUCACAAGCUCACAGUAACGUUUGCACAGAUUGUCUCAGGCAUAGCACAACAUGUCCUUUACCACUUUGAGGCGCAAAACCUGCCAACCUUUACACUCACUAUAAAUAUAUGUAGCUUAAAAUAUAACGUCGGAUCAAAAAAAGAAGUGAAAAGAAACGUUGACAAAGUUGAUCAGCGAAUGUCACAUUUUUACCAGUCACACACUAGGCCACUGAGUUUUGAUUACAUGUGUGAGAAGCUUUUGUGAUAUUUUCUGUGUAUUUGUGCAAUCCUAACAUAAGCGUUUUUAAUAUGAACUGCGUAUCUGUGUACAUAGAGAACUUUUUGUGUAAUGCUUUAAUGUGUUGGUGUCAGUGGGUUGAGAUGUUUUUUGGACUUUAUAUUUACAAAAUGCUGAUAUGGAGGCUUUAUUGUAGAAAACAAGAGCCACUUUUCCACAAUUUUGCACAAAGUUGUUAUGAGUUUGCACAAUAGAUACAGUUAUUGGUCGUGGUGGAAAAACAAGUCAUAUUUAUAUACCCGGUACGAGUCUUCCAAUAUAUUACAGUGUAUUCAAUUAUCAUACGUUUUCAUUCUAGGGAAGAAAUUAAAACCACAACUCAU